AUGGAGUCAUCAUCCCUACAGGGAAACCAAAUAGUUCAAGUGGUUGGAAAUUCUUUUUCUGGAGGUAACAAUAGUUCAGUUGUCAAGAAUGAAAUAUUGCAACAGCCAUCUGCUUGCUUUCCUCCAAUGGCAGGCUGCAACUCUCAAGAACCUUCUGGUUUUAACCCUCCGAGGCAGUUGGAAUAUGGACAAAAUGAUAUCUAUCUAAAUUCUCAAGGCUCUCAGCCUACUAUGCAAUUUCAGCCAGCUAACCCACCAUUUGCUCCAAGACACAUGCAUCCUGCCCUACCCCAAAAUCCAUCCAAUCAAUAUUCAUAUCCAAAGCCUACAAUUCAGCAGCACCUUCCACAUUCUUUCCAUCCCCCCUUCUCUAUGCCAUCAGUUCCAGAUGGCCAGAGGCAAUUUGUUGCAAAUGAGCAAUGGAGGAUGCCAACAAGUGAAUUUAUAACAAACAAUCAACAGGGUCUAUGGAUAGGGAGAAACCCUUCAUGUCCAGGUCCUCUCUUUGGGCAGGAAGGUUAUUUUCGACCACCACUAGAAAGACCACCAAUAAACAAUGUAGGUUUUCAGCAUGCAAAUCCUAGCAACAUGCCUUCUCAUCCUAUGACAGACCAGAUAUACCUGCAGUUAAUUGUUGGAGGCCUACCUGAUGAUGAUAGAAAUAUUUUAAAUUUCAUCUGUACAAUUGGUGGUGCCAUUGCUGGUGGAUCAACUAUCAAGGUUACAUAUUGUGGUUUGAAGUUAGAUUCACUUGUGUAG